UUGAUGCUGGGGUUGUAUUGGUGGGGGAGCACAUUGCCCAGGACCGCAUUGGCUCUGGUGUUUUUCUUUUUUUCCCGCAAGGGUCCCAAACUAUACCGAGAUUUGGAAUAUUACGUUACAGUCCUGCAGGAAAAUGGCGACUGUCAUUCAAAAUCCUCUAAAAUCGCUCGGUGACCAGUUCUAUAGGGAGGCCAUUGAACACUGUCGCAGCUACAAUGCCCGACUGUGUGCCGAGCGCAGUGUGCGCAUGCCCUUCCUGGACUCGCAAACGGGCGUUGCACAGAACAACUGCUACAUCUGGAUGGAGAAGCGCCACCGCCAGCCAGGCCAAGCAGCGGGACAGAUGUAUACCUACCCCGCUCGAUGCUGGAGAAAGAAGAGGCGACUCCACCCUCCUCUGGAUCCCCAGCUCCGCCUGUGUGAGCUUCGACUAGAAGCUGAGCUUGCCCCAAAGCGGGAGGUGCCCCCGGGGGAGGCCACAGCCUUGGAGGCCCUCCUCAGGGGGGACAGCCUGCUGGAGAAAAAGAACAGCAUCUGUAAGGAGGAGGAGACGUUGCUGGAAAUACAGAGAGUACUGGAUGCGGACGAGAAUGGGGACGGUUUCAAUGAUGAGGACGACUUCGAACUGGACACUCCAAAGAGAAAGAACAGAAACAGAGGCAAAAACAGAUCAAGUCGCAGGAGAACAGAUCCCGUCAACACCGACGACCAGGACAAACCUUUCGUCUGUGACAAUAGACACAAACAAAAGCAUAACUCAAAAAAGGCUGAAGAAGUCUGUGGGAAGCGCUACAAGAACCGGCCCGGCCUGAGCUACCACUACACCCACACUCACCUGGCAGAGGAGGAGGGCGAGGAGGAGAAAGAACCAGAGAUGAGCCCAUCUCCUCCACGGAACGCAGACAACCACAAACCUCAGAAGGCCGCAGACGGUUCCAUCAUCCCAAACGACUACUGCGACUUCUGCCUGGGAGACCAGGACUCCAACAGAAAGACGGGCCAGGCCGAGGAGCUGGUGUCCUGCUCUGACUGUGGACGCUCCGCUGGAAGAGGAGGAGCGAAGAAGGACGGGAGGAAGAUGAGUGCUCUCGAAGAAUUGUUCGGCACGGCGUCAGACAGCGAGGCCUCCACUUUUCAUGGCUUUGAAGAAACAGAGCUGGAAGACAUUUUGUUAUCAGAAGAUGAUGAUGAUGAUGAAGAUGCUGUGGCUGACAGCUGAUAUCAGGACAGCUUGACUAGUUGGACCUCGUGGCGAAAUUAAAAUCAUUUCCUGAUUAAACCUUUUCUUUGGGGGAACGCUGACGGCUGAAGGCACAGACUGGACUACAAGACACAGGAUUAUUCUAAAAUCUUUCGUUCAUGCAUAAAGCCCAACGCUUCUUGAAAACCUUUUCUCUCAUGGAUAUAGUUACUUUUUUACCGCUUUUUAAAAAAGACAUUUUCCAUUUUUCAUAAAAAAAGCUAACUUCUUACACUCGACUCAGAUUAUCAAGAUCAUAGGUUAAACUCCUCUGGCUACGUCCUCAUAAAUUCUGGACUUUAAAGUUUAGUAGCUGGCAUGGUGGAUUAAAUUACAUGACUGGCCACUAAGGGAGGGAUGAACCUGGACUGUUGAGUCCCUCCAAUGGCUAAAGAGGACAGGUUGCCGAGAGGUAAGAGCCAACUCUGCACCCAAUUGCUCCUCUCUUGUUCAAGGACUUCGAUGGUGAGUGGAAAUACUUAUUGUCAAAUUGCCUGCAGCUAAGUGCUAUCCAAUAAGAUCACCUCUAUUAAUCUAUUGCUUCCCAGCUUUAAUUCCCCCAGUUUGAUUUUAGAGACCAUUAAAUUCUCCUAAGGUCACAUUUAUUCACUAAUCGGAGGCUGAUGGGGAGUGUUCAUCGUUUCUGGCUGCUUUCCCAGUCUCGAUUUAAAUCAUCUCAUCCCGGAUUGUGGCUCAUUCACGGCUCAUUGAUAUCCCAUUGAUACCGGGGCGGGGCAGAUAACAGUGAUCAUAAGAUGCUGACGGUACCGCAACUUGAGGGAGGCUAUCAAAAGUGUUGACAAUAGCUAUAAAUGAUGAGGUUAUAAAAUGUAUGUAUUUACCUUUUAGGGAAGAUGAUAAAACACUCACACACUCACACCCACACACACACACACAUAUACACACACAACCACUUGUUUGUUUUCCCAGUCAUACAGUAUCAUCACUUGUCUUUUGUGGCAAGAUUGACUCUGAUAUUGAAAGCCAUCCAUCUCUAUGGACUGUCAACACUCUGGGUUGAUACUUGAGGCUGACAAUACUUUGUGUUUUCUGAAUCAACGGAGAAAUUAUGUUUUUCUGGGUCUCUCUGUUCAUCUCAACCAGGAGAAAAUAUCGUUCCAAUAACAUACACAUCUUUAAAAGAUAUUCCAAACUAAUCAUUAGCCUUAGAAUCCAAUGACAAACUCUUGGCAUAGUAGAAAGACUAUUUAUUCCUGUUCAUUAAUCUAGAAAACCGAGUCCUGAAAGCCUGAAGCCAACAGAUACAGCUGCAGAUUAUAUAAAUAAGCUUUUUAUGUAUAAUUUAAAUGUGUGUCCAUCCAGUCGGACUUCUGGCACACAUCUAUAGAUGCUUACAUAAGAAAACACCACUGACUUUGCUUU